AAAUAGUCAAAUAUUUUUUAACAUAAUCAAAUCAUUCAAAAAUAUGUAUGAGCCAGCUGGAAAUUAUGUUCUCGAAAAGCGAUUUCGACAUAAAAAUGAUGAUGAAGACUCUGCAGCGUUUCAAAGUACAUCGCUGGGCGCCAGCACUUCCCAAGCAGCUAACAAAGAAAGUGCUCCCGAAACUAGCGCUAGUAAUUUUCUAUUGAAAUCAGUUCAAAAAGUAUAUCAACUCCCGAAAAAACGCAGAAGCCGAAGCAAGGAACCUAUACCCUCAAAAUUCGCUCUACCUGGACAAACUAAACGAAACAAAUUAUAUUGGCUUAAAACGCUGGUGUAUUACGCACUCUUUCUAGCAGGGAUUGCUGCCCUGUUUUCCUGUUGUUUUCUGGCUUACAUGUCAACACUACCAGAAGAAGUUCCACGGGUCUCAAAAUACCAGCCAGCCUUAAUUUAUUACCCAAACCUCGAAUCGUAUUACAUAAAUCGCAUUAUUUGGAAUGAACAGAACGAAGAGGAUAUCAAUAGAAUCGUCAAGCAAAUAAACAGUUUUUUGAAAAAGUUUCGCAUGCAUGGAAAAUUUGGCGAAUGCACGGAAUUUGACUCUUAUGGAUACAAAGAUCAAAGUCCAUGUAUCUUUUUGAAAGUCAACAGAAUCGCCGGUUUUAGAGUUGAUGCCAUUGAGGAUUCAAAAGAUGUGUCGUGGCGAGAACAUGGUUUGAAGAGACACAUCGAGAGCCUACCUUCACAUGAACGAAAGGGACGUCUAUGGAUAACGUGCAGAUCAGAUGCUUGGCUGGAUAUGAAAUACAUUCCUAGAUCACGAUCCAUACCCGUUGAGAGACUCAAUAGCAAGGGCUUAAAAAACUUGAACUACCAAAGAAGUACGAACUAUACAGAUGAGCGCAUCGUUGCAAUCAAGUUACGAGGCAUUCCUCUUAACGUACCUUUUACCGUUCGAUGUAAAAUGUUUGCGAAAAAUAUCGAGGUCGAUUAUUACCGCAAUCUCGAUAUAGGUGGCGUCAAUUUUGAUAUUCACGCUAUUGUCUGA